AAUAGCUUACUAAACACACACUCACAUAUUUGUGAACUACACCUUUACUAUCCAUCUUACCAAAAAGGAGAGAGAAUCUAUCUUCUUAUCCUGAUGGUUGGAAACCAAUAGAAAGCAUGCCAGCUGCCAUGACAAGUGAAUAAAACACUAACCUUAAUCUUAGCACAAACAAACUGUGUUUCUUCACCUUCACCUAUGGCUUCAACUACACUAGGCACUUCUUCAAUUGCGUUUCUUCCUUCACGCUACCUUUCUUCCCCUUCUUCCAACCCUUCCAUUCACACACUCUCUCUAUCCUCAGGGCAAAGCUGUGGUAGAAAGUUUUGUGGAGGAAUUGGAAUUAAUGGCACAAAGGGGAAGUCUCGGUUUCCUGUUGUCAAUGUUGCUACCGAAGUUAACUCUGUAGAACAGGGUCUGAAUACUAUUGCUAAAGAAAGCCAGAGGCCAGUGUAUCCUUUUGCUGCUAUAGUUGGACAGGAUGAGAUGAAGCUUUGCCUUCUCCUUAAUGUCAUCGAUCCUAAGAUUGGAGGUGUAAUGAUAAUGGGGGAUAGAGGAACAGGAAAGUCCACAACGGUUAGGUCAUUGGUCGAUUUACUUCCUGAAAUCAAGGUUGUUUUUGGUGAUCCUUACAAUUCAGACCCAGAAGAUCCAGAAGUGAUGGGAAUCGAAGUGCGAGACCGAGUAAUAAAAGGAGAGCAACUUUCCAUCGUGUUGAGCAAAAUUAACAUGGUUGAUUUACCUUUAGGAGCUACAGAAGAUAGGGUUUGUGGAACAAUUGAUAUCGAAAAAGCUCUCACGGAGGGUGUCAAGGCAUUUGAGCCUGGACUACUAGCUAAAGCUAAUAGAGGAAUCUUAUACGUCGAUGAAGUUAAUCUUUUGGAUGAUCAUUUAGUUGAUGUGUUGUUGGAUUCUGCUGCAUCAGGUUGGAACACAGUGGAGAGAGAGGGUAUCUCUAUCUCGCAUCCUGCUCGGUUUAUCCUAAUCGGUUCUGGAAAUCCUGAAGAAGGGGAGCUCAGGCCACAACUGCUUGAUAGGUUUGGAAUGCAUGCUCAAGUGGGGACUGUUAGAGACGCUGAACUGAGAGUGAAGAUUGUAGAAGAGAGAGCUAGGUUCGACAAAAACCCGAAGGAAUUUCGAGAGACUUACAAUGCCGAGCAAGAGAAGCUCACGGAACAAAUCACCUCAGCAAGGAGUUUACUUUCUUCAGUUCAAAUUGAUCAAGAUCUGAAAGUGAAAAUCUCGAGGGUGUGCGCAGAGUUGAACGUGGACGGAUUGAGAGGAGACAUUGUAUCAAAUAGAGCUGCUAAAGCUUUGGCUGCUUUGAAGGGAAGAGACAAAGUGAGUGUAGAGGAUAUUGCUACUGUCAUCCCUAACUGCUUGAGACACCGUCUUAGAAAGGAUCCUUUGGAGUCGAUAGACUCGGGUUUACUCGUCACCGAGAAAUUUUACGAAAUAUUCAGCUGAAGGUGAUAGAUAGAUAGAACAGUUUCUGAGUUCUGGUAUUUGUUUAGAAUGUAACCUUUCCUAUGGCGGAUAUUUAUUGUCUUUAAACAUGAGUAACAUUCGUAUACAAGAUAUUCUAAGCCUUUACUUCA